AUGCUUCGAAAUACGAAAGUCCUUGCUGGUUCUUCUCACCCUGAACUCGCUGGUCUUGUCAGUAAACGCCUUGCUACCCCACUCGCUGAUACAAAACUUAAAAAGUUUAGCAACAAAGAAACAAGCGUCGAAAUCGGGGUAUCCAUUCGCAAUGAAGACGUCUUUAUUAUCCAGUCCGGUUCCCAGGAUAUGAACGACAACAUUAUCGAGCUCUGCAUCAUGAUUCAAGCUGCUCGGAUCGGUUCCGCCAAACGUGUCACUGCUGUGUUGCCCUAUUUCCCUUACUGCAAGCAGAGCAAGCGUAAAGGAAGAACUUGUAUCACUGCCAAAUUGGUUGCCAACAUGUUGGCUGUUGCUGGUGUCGACCACAUUAUCACAAUGGAUUUACAUGCAUCUCAAAUGCAAGGUUUCUUCCAACGCCCCGUUGACAAUCUUUAUGCCGAGCCAAGCAUUGCAAAGUGGAUCACUCAAAAUGUGCCAAAUUGGGAGGAUGGUGUUGUUGUUAGCAAGAAUGCUGGUGGCGCUAAAAGAGUAACUUCUUUGGCCGAUGCCUUACGUCUUGACUUUGCUCUUAUCCACAAAGAUCGUGCACGUGCGGGUCCUCAAGGUCACAAUCGUCCUUACAGUGGCAUGCCCAAGGCCAAUGGUCGCAACAGCGGUGAAGAAGAAGAGGGUUCCUUAGCCAAUGAAGACAAGGAGGAUGAUCUCAUGAUGGCUUCUAUCUCAUCCCUUAAUGAGACUGGUAUGAAUGGUGACACUAUGAAUGCUGCUGUUUCAGUCGUUGCCAACCAUGAGGGUGAGGAGAGCACAAUCACUCUUGUCGGUGAUGUCAAGGGCAAGACCGUCUUUUUGACUGAUGAUAUGGUCGAUAAUUGUGGUACAUUCCUUGACGCUGCUGAUCAUCUUGUCAACAAGUGCGGUGCUGCCAAGGUCUAUAUCAUUGCCACCCAUGGUGUCUUGAGCGGCGACUCGGUCGAGCGUAUCCAGAACUGUGAUAGCGUCUACAAGUUGGUGGUCACAAAUACCUUCCCUAUUCCCAAAGAAAAGAAGGACAAGUGCAAUAAGCUCGAGAUUAUUGAUAUUUCCGCUACUCUUGCCGAAGCAAUAAGAAGAACGCAUAAUGGCGAGAGCGUUAGCUACCUUUUCCAUCAUGCUUAA